ACAAUUCAUCUGAACCUCUCAUCAAAACGAGAAAUCAUUGAUGUUGCUUUUCAUUUCAUCUCAACCUCGUAAACCAAUGAGAAAUAAUGUCUUUUUGAAUUGAGAUGGCGCUCAGAUAAUCUUUGUUAAAUGUGUAAUUGGUCUCAAUAUAUGUUAUUUGAUCAACAGUUGUCCAUCAAAUGAAAUCAAAUUUAAUGAAUAACUCGUCUUGACCAAUCCUGUUACCAGUUUUCUCUACGCAUAAGAUCAUCCUUUACCAUCUUUAUUCAUCAUCCAUCCUGAUCAUCAACAAUCAGUGUCUCAAGUUCAACUACUAUGCCAUUUCGUUUUCUUACUCAAUAAAAGACCGAUAUUUCACCUCAUCUUUAACAAUACAAAUUAAAAAUGGAUAACAGUGUGCAAAUAAAUAUCAACAACUUUGAUGGUCUCAAGAAAUGCUGCUUAAUGAUUCGUGGUAUGACAUGUGCUUCCUGUGUCGAACAUAUUGAAAAAUGUGUCAAAAAACUACCAGGUGUUCAUGGUAUUCUUGUAUCGCUUUUGGCUGGAAAAGCAGAAGUUAAAUAUGACCCAAGCUUGACAAAACCGGAAAGUAUUUCCGAUUACAUAGAUGAUUUAGGAUAUCCCACCGAAGUUAACCAUGAUUAUAAUGAGAAUUCUUCCGACUGUGAGAUAACCUUUAUUAUCAAAGGAAUGGCUGCCAAAGAUUUGGAAACAAUUGAAAAUCAUUUUAGAAACAUUAUUGGAAUAAAAUCAGUUGCCCUUUUUUCAUCUACCUCUAAAGCAAAGUUCAAAUAUGAUGCUGAAUUGAUCGGACCUCGUAACAUUGCUGAUGAGCUUCGUAAACAGGGUUACAUAUCACAAGCGUGUCAAGACUAUUGGGUAUCAAUUAACAUGGCCUUAUUGAAUCAAAGAGAAGAAGUACGAAAAUGGAGAAACUCAUUCUUUUUCAACCUCUUUUUCGGAUUACCCUCUUUGGCAGUUAUGAUGUACUAUAUGCUCCUAAUGUCCCACAAGAAAUCACCGCACCUUUCGAUGUGCUGUGUUAUUAAUGGUCUUAGUUUGGAAAAUUUACUCCUCUUCAUUCUGGUCACACCUUGCCAAUUUUUCGGUGGACGAUAUUUUUAUGUCCAAUCUUACAAAGCAAUCAAACACCGAACAGCCAAUAUGGAUGUUCUUAUAAUGUUGGCCACAACUAUUGCUUACUUUUACUCAGUCAUUAUUUUAGUUAUAUUUAUAAUGCGUGAUAUUGACCACAGUCCAAAAACUUUUUUUGAAACCUCGCCCAUGUUACUUAUUUUUGUCUCUCUGGGUCGAUGGUUGGAACAUAUUGCCAAGGGUAAAACAAGUGAAGCUUUAACCAAACUUAUGAGCUUACAACCUAAUGAAGCUUGUCUAGUUGAAUGGGAUAUUAAAGAGUCCCGAGUUUUAUCCGAACAAAUUAUUGACGUUCAAUUGGUCCAACGUGGGGAUUACUUGAAAGUUGUUCCUGGAAGUAAAAUACCAGUCGAUGGUAAAGUGGUUCACGGUCAGUCGAUGACUGAUGAAUCUCUGAUUACUGGUGAAUCAAUGCCGGUGCCUAAAUCGGUCGGGUCAACAGUUAUUGGUGGCUCUAUCAAUCAAAAGGGAACAUUGGUCUUAACAGCAACACAUGUGGGCAGAGACACUACAUUGUCACAAAUUGUUCGUCUGGUUGAAGAGGCACAAACCAAUAAAGCACCCAUUCAACAACUUGCCGAUAAAAUAGCAAGUCUCUUUGUUCCGGCUAUCAUGUUAAUUUCAAUUAUUACUCUAGCUGCAUGGUUACUUUAUGGCCAUUUUACUGAAGCUACACUUAUUUUUGAUAACUAUCGAGGGAAAGAAGGAGAUAUGUCAAAAACUGAAAUUAUCAAUGUAUAUGCCUUUGAAUGUGCGUUGGCUGUUCUUUCUAUUGCUUGUCCUUGUGCCUUGGGUCUAGCAACACCAACUGCUGUCAUGGUAGGAACUGGAGUUGGUGCUCUUAAUGGUAUCCUGAUAAAAGGAGCGGAACCACUUGAACUUGCUCACAAAUUGAAAUGUAUUAUUUUUGACAAGACGGGUACAAUAACCCAAGGAGUACCCAGCGUUAGCAAAAUUUGUCUCUUCAUGGAAAAUUUAUUCACACACAAAGUAAACCUUAACUCAGAUGAUUUUCAAAAGAAAUUGAAAGAACUUCUUUUACUGAUUGGAACAGCUGAGGCUCACUCAGAACACCCUAUUGCUCAUGCAAUUUGUGCAUAUGUUAAACGAGUUACCGGAUUAGAUGGAGUAGCCAAAGAUCAAGAUCAAGGAUGGGGUAAAAUUGAUAAAUUUGUUGCUUUACCAGGUCUUGGACUUUCAUGUAAAGUCACUCAUAUUGCCAAAAGUCUCGAGAAAGGCCUUAGUUGUGAAAUAAUGGCAUCUGACCCCACUGCUAAAUCUUUUAUACUUAAUGGUGUUACACUUGAAUUGAUUGGUAACUCAACUAGCUCUUCAAGUCUGGUUAAUCUCUCUGAUAACAAUGAAUCGCCUGUGAUACAUGAACCUGAUUCGUAUCAAUUAUUAAUCGGUAAUCGAGAAUGGAUGGAACGAAAUUGCUUACAAGUUAAACCUGAAAUGGAAAGAGAAAUGGUUUGUGAAGAGGAAAUCGGCAGCACAGCAGUACUAAUUGCUAUUAAUAAUACAAUAUGGGCGGCUGUUUCAGUUCGUGACCAUGUUAAAGCCGAGGCCAGUCUAGCUGUUAAGACACUUUAUCUCAUGGGACUAGAUGUUAUUUUGAUGACAGGAGAUAAUGCUAAAACUGCUGAAUCGGUUGCAAAACAAACGGGAAUCAAAAGAGUUUUCGCUGAAGUGUUACCAUCCCAUAAAGUGAAAAAAAUUGAACAACUUCAGAAAAAAGGUUACAUUGUAGCCAUGGUUGGUGAUGGUGUUAAUGAUUCACCUGCUUUAGCUCAAGCUGAUGUUGGAAUAGCGAUUGCAAAUGGUACUGACGUUGCUGUGGAGGCAGCCGAUGUUAUUUUAGUCAAAAACAAUUUAUUAGAUGUUGUCGUUGCCAUUGAUUUGUCCAAAAAAACUGUCCAACGUAUCAAGUUGAACUUCUUCCUCGCAUGUAUUUAUAAUCUUAUUGGAAUACCUUUAGCGGCUGGUAUUUUCUCUGAAUUCGGACUUGUAAUUAAACCAUGGAUGGGAUCAAUGGCUAUGGCUGCUUCAUCAGUCUCUGUUGUCACCUCUUCAUUAUUACUUAAACUUUACCGCAAGCCUGAUUUCAUGCGGAUCGAAGCAAAAUACGAGAAAAAAAGAGCUGCACGCUCUGGGGUGGCCGCAAUUAUCGGACCUGAUGUAUCUUUCGUUAAUGUUCAAAAAGGUCUCGAAGAUAGCCAUUGUAUUACUCAACGGGAUGUUAAUGGUUCAUCAAGAGCAAUGAAUUUAAACAGAGCAGUUAUUGAAAUGUUACCCAAAACACAAAAGUCAUCCAUUAAUAGCAUUAAAGGCAGUGCAAAGGAAAGAGAACCUCUAGUUUAGUUGAAUGUCUUAUUUUUGUAAAUGUGAUCGAGUUUAGCGAAUCCAAGCCUUUUUUGUUAACAUAACUUUUUGCCGAUUUUCGUCGCUACUAUGGAAGUACCAGAAAAAAAAUUCACCAACAAUUAUUACUACUUCCAUCGAGUAGCACAAAAAUUUAAAUUUGUUUGAUAUCAUCUUUAGUAUUGCUCAUUAACGGUUGAGUUUCAAUUUUAUCAAAUUGAAUUUGAUUUAAAUGAAAUUGCUCCAAUGCUAAAAAGUUAACCCAAAUUUUUGUAUUGUAAUUCCAUUUCAUUUUAUUAUCAUCUUGAUAAUUGCGACUUUUGCUUAUCAGAUCAGUACAUAUUUAUUUAUAUCUUGUUGCCAUUCUCAUUGACUCGCUGUUUAUCUUUGUGUAUCAAAUGAAAAAUAAAAGCAGAGAAAAAUAUUG